GGUAUAUGUAUUCUUCAUAUCGUGCUUACCUAUAUAAAUCCCGGGCUUGAGUUCAAUUUAGAUCAUUCUUCAAAAUGAUGCGAUCUACGCUGCUUAUUGUUGCAAUCUGGAUUCCAGUUUCUAUCGUGUUCGCAAGUAGAGACAUUCGAUCUCAAGGCAGCAAUGGCUGGCAUGCCAGUGGCGCUUAUAAUGGUGGAGACUUUUCCAAUACCGGCACCGCGGCUCAUUCCCGAUCCCAAGGAGGGUGGGAUGCGGGCCUGGGACGAUCAAUUGGUUACGGCUAUGGAGGAAUCUGGGGCGGGUUUUCGAGUAGCAACGCGGGUAGAAGUGCUGGCGACAGAAGGUUAUCCGGAAGCAAUUCUUGGGCUUCAAAUGGAAUAAACUCUAAUAAUUACCGUUCCAAUGGAGGAUUGAGAGGUAAUUCCGGAUGGGACUUGGGGUCCAAUGGGUUGGACAAUGACGUUACUUCGAAAUGCUGGAAGUCGUCGUGGUAAUCAAAGACUACUUAUGUGAAUGAAAGACCACGACUUGAAUCAAAGAAAAAAUUAAAUUUAAAAAGGUAGGUAGCUAAAUAUCUAGGUACCCACUAAGUUAUAUGUAUUUAUUUAACCUUUUUCUCUACUCAUAAAAUGUUCAU